GUAGCGGUGGUGUCGGUGCUGUCGUGUUUACUUUUCCGAUUUAUCCCCCCCCUCUCUUAUUUUUCCUUUCUUCACUCUUCAUUUUUGUAACUUUGAACGCGACCGACAGACCCCAAUGGGCUGCUGCUGCGCCUUUGAGUGCGUCGCCCUCGUCGCGGUGGCGGCGCUGUCGAUAGCGGCGGCUUACUUCGUCAGAAAGCUUGGCGUCUUCUAUCAGCUGCUGCACAAGGUGGAAUCGGACAGCAGCCGGCACGGUGGGGAGCUGGUGGCGGAAGUUCUGCGUGCUCAUGGCGUGCGCUUCGUCUUCACGCUGGUGGGCGGCCACGUGUCACCCGUCCUCACGGCCAGCGAGAAGCUGGGCAUGCGUGUGGUGGACGUGCGGCACGAGGCCACCGCUGUCUUUGCUGCCGACGCCGUCGCACGGCUUUCGGGUACCGUUGGUGUUGCUGUGGUGACGGCAGGACCGGGUCUCACCAACACUGUCACCGCAGUGAAGAAUGCUCAGAUGGCCGAGUCUCCAGUAUUGCUCAUGGGAGGAGCAGCUGCUACCCUCCUUAAGGGACGAGGGGCGCUGCAAGACAUCGAUCAGCUGUCGCUGUUCAAGCCGCUGUGCAAGCUGUGCAUUACCGUGAGCACUGUGCGUGAAAUUGUCCCCGCGAUCAGACGAGCACUUGCCACUGCCCAGUCUGGCACUCCAGGGCCUGUGUUUGUAGAGUUGCCUAUUGAUGUCCUCUACCCUUACCACGUGGUGCAAAAGGAACUUGCUCCAAAAACAGCACCAAAGGGGCUCAUGGGUAAAAUCAUCAACUGGUACCUUUUGAACCACCUGCGGAACCUGUUUGCCGGAGCUUGGGAGCCCAGGGACAUGUCCCCACUGCCAAUUCAGCGGCCCAUGGCCACUCCUGAACAGGUGCAGAGAUGUGUGGAGUUGGUAAGCCGAGCAAAGAAGCCGGUCUUUCUGUUGGGCAGCCAAGCAACACUGCCCCCUGUACCAGCCAACCAGAUCAGAGAAACACUGGAGCACUUGGGAAUUCCAUGCUUCCUGGGUGGGAUGGCCCGGGGCAUGCUGGGAAGGGACAGCCCCAUUCAUAUCCGGCAAAAUCGCAGGGAUGCCCUUAAGGAGGCAGACCUCGUGAUUCUCUUAGGGACUGUGUGCGACUUUCGACUGUCUUACGGUCGGGUUUUGAGUCGGAAAAGCACGAUAAUAGCUGUAAAUCGUGACCGCUCACAGCUGCUUAAAAAUUCAGACAUGUUCUGGAAGCCGACAGUUGCUGUGCAAGGGGAUCCUGGCUCCUUCUUGGUGAGUCUAUCUGCUGGACUCAAGGGCUACAAGUGUCCUGAAGAGUGGGCUCGUGACCUCAAACAAGGAGAUGAGAAGAAGGAGAAAGCCAACAGCGAGAAGGCAGAGGAGGAGACAGAUCAACACCUCAACCCGCUCAAGGUUCUGCACCGCCUGGAUGACUUGCUAGCGGAUGACAGCAUCAUCGUAGCUGACGGAGGAGAUUUUGUGGGCAGCGCGGCAUACAUCCUUCGGCCACGGGGGCCACUGUGUUGGCUGGACCCUGGGGCAUUUGGAACUCUAGGUGUUGGAGGAGGGUUUGCCCUGGGAGCCAAGCUUUGCCGACCAGACUCUGAGGUAUGGAUCAUCUAUGGAGAUGGUUCACUGGGGUUCAGCAUGGCUGAGUUUGAUACGUUCACCCGACACAAGUUACCGAUCAUUGCGUUGGUGGGCAAUGACGCGUGCUGGUCUCAGAUUGCUCGGGAACAAGUGCCAAUGCUUGGCAGCAACGUAGCCUGUGGACUGGCAUUCACAGAUUACCAUGUGGUGGCCGAUGGCUUAGGAGCACGAGGCUUUCUCCUGGGGAAGGAGAAAGAGUCACAGAUCGACGAGGUCAUUAAGGCGGCGCAAGCUGAAAGUAAGCAGGGCCGCUCGUCCCUCAUCAACACGCUCAUCGGCAAGACCAACUUCCGCGAGGGCUCCAUAUCCGUGUGAAUGUUUGCAGAUCAAAAAUAUGCCACUGAGCACUUUGAUCGAUUCUCAUCAGCAGUGAUGUGCACACUGUAAUAAUAAUGGUAGUUAUAUGGGUUAUGCACCAUCUUGGCACUCAAAGGUGCUUUUGCUCAAUUAUUUGAAGUGUAAAAAUAAAGGAAGGGAAACAACCGUUAGAAUGAGUGUUGUUAAUUAAACCGAUUACAAAUGCAAUUAUGUGACUAGGAAUGCAAUUCAAACUUGAUUAGUCUUCAUGCAGAGAGGUGUACACUGAAAUAUAAAAUGACAAAGAACCACUUUUUUGACUAAACAGGCUCUUUGGAUGAAUGCUGUUAGUAAAAUACACUUAUAAAUGUGUACACACGUUACUAAGCAUGUCCAUACCCAUUAUCACUCAAAUGCAUACAUAGUUAUAAGCUAACGGGCAUUUUUCCCAUAAUUUGCAUUUCUACACACUCGCACGUGUUCGUGCAUCAACUUGUGCAAAAUAUUGGUUUUGUGUGUUGAGAAUGAGUUGUUAUGGAUAUACUUAAGAAAUUAUAUAGAAUCCUGCUAACAUCAGCUAUUGAUAAACAAUUAGAUUCAUAAUCAACGUUUUUGGGUUUAGAUCGCGUUUAUUUAUACAUGUGUCGUAACCCUCCACCACCCGACACGGCCAAUCAGUAAAAAUGUGUCACGUUGACAAAGACAAAUAGUUCACUGCUUUAGCCCACCGGUGUGUUGAAGCCACAACAUUUACAAUUUGAGUACGACGUUUCAAUUAGAUGUUUGUUUUGUCAUUGAUGUGAGUUGAUUUCAAUGUUGUAUUAAAAUUUUAUCUGGUUGAGGUUCAUAUUAGAGCGGUGCUGCUGUGAGCUACAACCAUUACGUAUUAAAGAGUAUUUUACUAAGACUUAAUGUUCUUAGAAUAACUGACAGCCAUUUAUGAAUCGUGAAAUACUACAACCGUUAAAUGUUAAAACGAAGUAUUGUACUAAGGCUGAAUGUUCUUCGGAUAACUUGAAUAAUCAUCAGGUAUGUACGUAUGUUCAACUUCUUCUGCACCGUAUCUAGCCAACCGUGCUAAUUGGACGUGCGCUAAUACACAUUCUUGUUUUAUUCCUUAUAAAACAAGUGAUUGAGUUGCCUGCAUCCCUCUGACAGAAGGACCAGUUUAAUUACAAUUGUGUUGUAUAUGAUUCAUGUGUUUUGGUGAGGGCUGCUUUUGUUAAAUGUUCAAGUGCUAAUGUCCGGGUUAGGUGUUUUUUGGUAUUGAGUAAAAUUUUCUAUGGAGGUGGAAUUUAAUAAUGGCACAAUGGGGUAUUAAUGCCUUUUUAAAGUACAUUUUAAAAUUUAAAACGUAAUGAAAACGUGGCCGGAUUGCCAAUGCCCUCAAGGACUCUUUCCAACGAGAGAGUUUGCUUUGGGUCAAUGGUUUUAUUAUCCACUAAUGUAAGUCAUUACCAAAGCAUGGGCACUGCUGGAAAGUGAAAGUCAUUAAAGAUCCUGUGACAUUA